AUGAUUGGUGCAGUACGGGCAGUUUCCGGUUAUUUUUUCGAUCCAAUGCCAUAUCAUCCGUACGCUAGUGGUCUAGACGGUACAAGACGUAAAAAUGCGACACGUGAAACGACGGCACCACUCAAAUCGUGGCUUAAUGAGCAUAGGAAAAAUCCAUAUCCAACAAAAGCAGAAAAAAUUAUGCUUGCAUUACUUACAAAAAUGACUUUAACGCAG